ACUCACAAGUCGUCAAUUCAUAACAAAUAAAUAACAAAAACAAAUAUCUUUUUAUUUCAUUGCUAAUACGCAAUAACUUUGUGAGAACGUUUGAGUUUCUAUUUACAAUUCUGUAGUUUGCUAUUUCAAGUUGUUCAUAAAUGUUUUAAAAUCACUUUAUUAAUCGAUCAAAAUGAAAUUACUAUAUCUAGGGUUUUGUCUCUUUAUUGCUUUAUUUGGAGAAAAUGUUUCUGCUCAAACGCACAAGAUUGAGAAUAAUAAAUAUUUUUCAAUCUCUAAGCUUUACGAUCAUCAUUAUUCUGUGAGAAAUAUAAUCAAUCAUAAGAAAAUAAAAAGAGAUACUAAAGAAGAAAUUAAUACAUUUAUUAAUCAAUUAUCAGAUAUUGCACUAAAAUCAAUGAAAGGAUUUUCAGAUUAUGGGCAUAAAUUAAUUGGAGCUGAAGCAAUUGGAAAUAUAUCUCGUGCUUCGGAUCAAAGCAAAAUAGAAGUAACAGCAUGUCGUUUUAAUGAUUUAAAUCAAAAAAAAGAAAUAGAAAUACAUCAUGAAAAAAAAGUAUCGAUCAAUGAUUUUUUUGUUUGCGAUGUAUGUCAAAUUACAAUUAAUAAGACAGACAACAAUAUGUAUAAAGUUGUAGAAAUGCAAUGUGUCUUACAUGAUUCGCGUACUUAUAUUAGUGCUCCAGAGCCAUCUCCCGUGGGAGGUUAUCAUGACAUUGACCAUAACAGCGAGAACAUUAAACAACUGGCUCUCUUCUCAUUAGAUUCUAUAACACAACAAACAAUGUCCAAAAGAUCUUUGGGGUUAAUUAGAGUCGUCUCAGCAAAGUCUCAAGUUGUUGCAGGAAUAAAUUAUAAAAUAAAACUAUUGGUAUGUGAAAAAGAUUCAACAAAAGGCGAGAACAUUGUUAUGGAUCAUAAAAAUUGUCGUUCAUGUGACAUAACCAUCUGGGAACAAUCAUGGUUGAACAACAAAAAUGUUACUAAAGUUGCUUGUUCUAGACCUUCAGAACUUACAUCAUUUGAUAGCGUAGCUGUGACUAAAAGAGACAUACAUGAAAAUGUAAAUCUUGGAGCGAAAAUAAGUUUAAAUUCUAAUGACAAGAAAGUUAAAGAAAUUGUGGAUUAUGCUUUAUUAUCUAUUGAUAAACAAGAAGGAUCAAACAAACCACAUAUAUCAUCAAAAAUAAUAAAUGUAUCCAAACAAAUUGUAUCUGGAAUUAUUUACAAUAUUGAAUUGGAAAUAUGUGAUGAUUAUACAAGUGAAGAAGUUGACAAAAAKAACUGUAGAAUUUGUAAUAUUAAAGUAUGGGAGCAAGCAUGGGAGAACAACAAAAAUAUAUCAAAAUUAAAUUGUUAUAAACCUCAUACCACCAACACAGAUAUAUCAAAUGCUGAAAAAUUAUCUACAAAGAAAAAUAAUAUUGAUGAUCGAUUACAAUUAAAGACAGAUUUUGAAAACUUUAUUAUGACACAUAAUAAAAUUUAUACUAGCAUUGGAGAAAAAAAUAGAAGAUUCCGAAUAUUUGCUGCUAAUAUGAAGAAAGUAAAAUUAUUGCAAAACAACGAACAAGGAAGUGCUAUUUAUGGAGCUACACAAUUUGCAGAUCUUACAAAAAAUGAAUUUAAAAAAAAACACUUGGGCCUGGACUCAUCUUUGACAAAUAAAAAAACAUUACCCAUGGCAGUUAUUCCACAAAGUGCCACUAUUCCUAAUGAAUUUGACUGGAGAGACCAUGAUGCAGUGACACCAGUAAAAAAUCAGGGAGCUUGUGGUUCUUGUUGGGCGUUCUCAGCCAUAGCCAAUAUUGAAGGACAGUAUGCUAUUAAAUCCAAAAAACUUUUAUCUCUCUCAGAACAAGAACUGAUUGAUUGUGACAAUUUGGAUAAUGGGUGUGGUGGUGGUUUAAUGACUCAAGCAUUUGAAGCUGUUGAAAAUUUAGGAGGUUUAGAGACAGAGUCAGAUUAUCCAUAUGAAGGUCACGUAGAUCGAAAAGGUUGUCAGUUAAAAAAAAGUGAUGUGAAGGUAUCAAUUUCCAAAGCUGUAAAUGUAUCUACAGACGAAGAAGAUAUUGCCAAAUUUUUAGUUAAACAUGGACCUCUUUCUGUUGGGGUUAAUGCUAAUGCUAUGCAGUUUUAUUUGGGUGGUGUAUCACAUCCAAUCCAUGCCUUAUGUAGCCCCAAAUCACUGGAUCACGGUGUGGCCAUUGUUGGAUAUGGAGUCCACAAAUACCCUUAUUUAAAUGCGACUUUACCGUUUUGGACCAUUAAAAACAGUUGGGGCGACAAAUGGGGAAUGCAGGGUUACUACUUGCUCUACAGAGGUGAUGGAUCUUGUGGAGUCAAUCAAAUGGUUUCAUCGGCAAUCAUUGAAUAAUUUCUUGUUAAAU